UAGGAUGUGUUACCAUGUGGAUGCGGGAUGUGCUCCCAGUGGAUAUGGAAUCCCACAUCCCAGUGGAUGUGGGAUGUACUCUCAGUGAGUGUGGGAUGUGUUCCCAUGUGGAUGCAGGAUGUAUUCCCAGUAGAUGUAGGCUGUGUUCCCCUGUAUUCCCAGUGGAUGUGGGAUGUGCUUCCAUGUGGAUGCAGGAUAUAUUCCCAGUGGGUGUAAGAUAUAUUCCCAUGUAUUCCUAAUGGAUGUAGGAUGUGUUCCCAUGUGGAUGCAGGAUGUAUUCCCGUGUAUUCCCAGUGAAUGUGGAAUGUGUUCCCAGUGGAUAUGGGAUGUGUUCCUAGUGGAUGCAGGAUGUAUUUCUAUGUAUUCCCAGUGGAUGUGGGAUGUGUUCCCAGUGGAUGUAAGAUGUAUUCCCGUGUAUUCCCUUGGAUAUGGGGUGUGUUCCCAGUGGAUGUGUUCCCAGUGAAUGUGGGAUGUGUUCCCAUGUGGAUGCAGGAUGUAUUCCCAGUAGAUGCAGGCUGUAUUCCCAUGUAUUCCCAGUGGAUGCAGGAUGAGUUUCCAGGGGAUACAGGAUGUGCUCCCAGUGGAUGUGGGAUGUGCUUCCAUGUGGAUACAGGAUAUAUUCCCAGUGUGUGUAAAAUGUAUUCCCAUGUAUUCCCAGUGGAUGUAGGAUGUGUUCCUAGUGGAUGUAACAUGUAUUCCCAUGUAUUCCCUUGGAUAUGGGGUGUGUUCCCAGUAGAUGCAGGCUGUAUUCCCAUGUAUUCCCAGUGGAUGCAGGAUGAGUUUCCAGGGGAUACAGGAUGUAUUCCCAGUGGGAGUGGGACAUGUCCAUGCUGCCUCCCACCUUUCCCACGUGUGGGAUCAGCCUGGAAUCCGUGCCUGGACCAUGGCCAGGCAGGGCCUGGCUGCCCACGCUUGCUGGUGCUGUGUGUGCAGACAGGAGUGAGCUGCAGAGGGCCAUGGAGCACAGCAGCCGGCUGGACAAGGAGAUCCUGGCGCUGCGGGCACGGGUCCAGACGCUCGACCUGGAGAGGAAAGCCUUCCUGGAGCUGGUGUUGUGUGUUGCAGGUGGAGCAGCUGAAGGAGGAGAUCUGUGAGUACCAGCGGAGCGAGAGGCCAGAGCCUCCGGCGGCAGAGGGACUUGGAAUGGCCUCACUGCAGGCACAGGGCACACAGGAAGAAGCAGGAGCUGAUGGAGACCCUGGUGCCAGCAGAGCUGCCCCAUAUCAGGAACAUGGAGAUCAGGGUGCUGAAACUCUCCACAAAAGGUGCCGGGAAGCCGUGGAGAGCGUCGAGGGCAGGAAUUCCCAGCUCCUUCACAAGCUGCAGAAGCUGGAGCAGGAACGGGAGGGGCUGGUUGAGCACAACGAGGAGCUGGAGUCAAUCCUGGGAGAGACACAGAUCCAAACCAAGCCAGAGAAGCAGCAGCUGGAGAGCAAGGUGGAGGGGCUGCACCAGAAAAUCACCAGUUUGGAAGCAGAGUUGUUUGAGGUGCAGAAGAACAAAAGCGAGAUGAAUGGGAACGAGCAGGUGACAUCUGGAGCUCAGGAGAUGCAGGAGAUGUUGGAAAGCUGUCAGGAAACGAUAGACAAGUUGGGAAGUCAGCUGGGGGAGAGGAGAGAACGGAGGAAGCAGCUGGCCUCUGAGCUGGAGCUGCUGCGGGAAGAUCUGAAGGCUGAGAAGGUGGUUCUGGGCAGCCAGGGUUUGCCUGACUCCCACUCAGAGCUCACAAGCCACAUAAACACCUUCCCAAGUCUCCAGAGAACAUCAGCCAGCAGGGAUCUGGGGGAUGUGUCCCAUGAGAAGCUGCACAAAGACAGUGCUGUGCUAGAUCCAGAGGCCUCUGAAGUCCUGCAAGACAGAGAACAGAGACCCAAAGUGGAGCAGAAACAGGAAGAUCCCUGUGCAGAGGCAAAGACCUAUGAGGAACAGAUGGCUAAAGUAGUGUUUUUGGAAGAACAGAUCAAAAACCUGAGGGAAGAACAAGAACGCCUCUGCUCCGAAUUGCUAGAGAGCAACAAGAAGAAGGAGGAGCUGGAGAAGCAGCUCAAGGAGAGCAGUGAAGAGAAGCGGCUGUUGCUUGAAGAAAUUGCCCAGCUCAGGUGUGACAUCCGGAGUGCCUGGGAGCAGGGCCCCAGUGGAGACACGAGGAGGAUGACCCCAGGCUUGGAGCAGAGGGAGAACAGGUUUCUCCCAUGGCAGAGCUCGGCAGGCAGUUUAGAGGGGAGCCUUAAACAGGGCCUGUCAGAGGAGAGGUUCCAGCAGCAGGAGGAGAAGCUGCAGCAGCUGCGCCAGGACCUGCGGCGGGUGCAGAACCUGUGCAGCUCUGCUGAGAGGGAGCUCAGGUAUGAGAGGGAGAAGAACGCCGACCUGCAGAGGCAGAAUCUGCUGCUCCAGCAGGAAUGCACCAAGGUCAAAGCUGAGCUGAAGCAGGCCCGGGCCAAGCUCUCGGACACCACAGAAACGUGUUCCUCCCUCUCAGCACAGUGGGACAGGAGCCAGCAGAAGGUCAAGGAGCUGGAGCUGGAGCUCUCCAAGUGCUCCCAGGCUGAUAAGCUCAGGAGCAGCCUCCAGGAGAGGCUGGCCCAGGAGAAAUCCAGAGCAGGAGAAGCACAAAAGAAGGUCUCAAAGCUCCAGCAAAAGCUGAAGGAUUCCCAGCACCAGCUGCUGCUGGCAGAGGCCCGUGUUUCUGAUAAGAAGCUCCUGGAGGAGGAGCUGAAGGAGGCUCGGGAAAAUGAAGCUCGAGUGCAGCAGGAACUUCAUGAGGAGCAGCUGAAAAGGAGGCUCCUGGAGCAGCAGGUGGAGGAGCUGAGGCAGCAGCUCCGGCAUUCCCGGGAGGCGGAGGCGUCGCUGGCCAGGAUGCACGUGGAGCUGCAGGCCAGGAGCCUGCACGUCCUGCAGGAUGACAAGAAGCUGGAUGCUGGUGAGCAUGUGCAGUGCCAGAAGGAGAAUGAGAAGCUCUCGGAGCAGCUGGCACUGCUGAAGGAGGAGAACAAGGCCCUGUAUGAGGAAGGAGUUCGACUCCUGAACCAGAAGGAUCUCUAUGUCAGGAAAUACAACGAGAUGCAGCUCAGGCACAAGGACAAGAUCCGCAGGGCCAAGGAGACUUUCAUCCACGAGGUGAAACAGAGGGACAGCAGGAUCAAACAGCUGGAGAAUGAGCUCAGCGAGUCGAAGCUCCAAGUGGAAAAGGGGAAGGUGCUGAUUGCCCAGAUCACUGCUGAGAAUGAGAAAUUACUCCAGGAGAGGCGACGGCUCCUCCAAAAAAUAUCAGACCAGGAGGAGUCCCCUUGGAGCCUCCGGUCUGGGAUUCCCUCCCUGCAGAGCAGAGGGAGGAUCCUGGAGGAGGAGAGUGCCCGGCUGCAGGACAAGCUGCAGCUCUCCAGCCACGUGGGCUCCUCCCAGCGCCUUGCCAGGAGCAGCCCCACUCCCAGCACAGAGGACUCCAAGAUGGUUCCUGGCUCUGAACGCCCACCACAGAGUAGGGGGUUGCCUCCUCCUCGUGCCAGCUUCCCACCCCGAGAUCUCCCAGAGGCCCUGAAGGCCCUGCAGAGCACCAAGCCUGAGGGAGAGGCUGAGAGCCAGGAUCUUUCCUUGUGCCUGUCCUCCUCACAGCCUUCAGAGAUCGGCUACCUGAACGUGGCCUCUCCUGGGGACAGCACAGCCCCCUCUGCCUCACCUGUGCACGAGCAGAGCCACAGCCUGGGCUCGCAGAGCUGAGCUGGGAAUGAGCCUGACCUCAACUGCAGCUCCUGGGCCAUGGGGCAGCAGAGCCUGCAAAGAGAGUUGCCAAAUGGACUCAAAUGGACUGACCCCGUGAUUGCUGGGAUAUAUUCCAACUAAAUGAUUCCACAGCUUGGUGGGGUGGUUUUGGUUUUUUUGUUUGUUUGUUUGUUUUGUUUUUUUUUUUUUUUUUUGUUUUGUUUGGUUUUUUUUUUUACUUGCCCACCUGUAAAUGUGUGUAUGAUCCCAGAGCCACUGGAGGCUGGAAUCUGUAGAUAAAAUCAGUCCUGUGGUAGAGGGGUGGGGUGAAGGGUGUUUUCCCUCAGCCCUAAUCCCCUGUCCAGUCCAAAUCUAUCAAUUUUAUAAAUAAAACUUACAGAAGUUCCCUUUUA